UUGGGCUUAUGGGUGACCAUCAUGAUGUUAAACCUGUAAAUUUUAUUGCCAGGUGAUGUGGUCGCUGGCCGCUGUGUUGGCGACGGUGGCGGCGGUGGGAGCGUUGAAGUGUGAGGUGGCACAGUUGCGGUGCGCGUACCGAAGCGGGUGCGGCGCUGCAUUAGAGAACUACGAGAUGAUGUGCAACGACGUGCUCGACGAACCAGGCUCCAAGUGCACUAAAGCCUGCGAGUACGCACUCAUAGCUCUCACCUCCACUGAAGAGGGGAAGGCGCUGAUGAACUGUAAAUGUGAGGAUCAGUAUUGCGAGCAAGCGAGGAGGCGGAUAGACGUGUGCCGAUCACAGGUGCUAAGUGGAGCCGCCAAUGUGACGUCAUCAUGUCGUCUUUCUCAGUUGGUAUGCAUGGCUGAUGCUCAAUGCGCUGCAGCUUUAGGUUACUAUAAGCAGCUCUGUAAGUCAAUGUUCAAAGGGAGAAAAUGUUCCAAUCGAUGUAGAAACUCCAUAGAGAUCUUGAUGAAGCAAGAGAAAGCUGCGCCUCUCACGGCUUGCCAGUGCGACGGCAUGGAAGAUUACGACUGCCCACGGAUGCAGAGUAACCUUGACAGACUCUGUUUCCAUAAGCCUCAUGAAGCUCACAAGAAGAAUCACGGUCACAAAUCCAAGCACCAUAACGAUAAUGAAAACGAAGUGCUCCACGAUGGUGCUAGUUUUAGUUCGAUUUCAUGGUCGAUGCUAACUUUAAGUGCUAUUUUAACGUUCAGUGUGAGAUGAACUUUGUGUUCUUUGGCCUUAAUUUUGUGGCCAUAUUGAAAAACAGGUGUUUUAGAGACAUUAUUAGAAAACCUUAAAUUUAUUAUUUUUCAUCGAGGCUAUUUUAGGUCACGAUAGUAUUGUAAUGUAACCUAACUUAAUUUCAGAAAUUGUAUAUUUUUGUAAGUUUUAUUGUAAAUAUGUACAGUAUAUUUUAUUCUUUAUUAUAAAAAAUAAGAGUGAGCGUGUGUUCUAUGAGUUAUCAUAUAAUAUUUCUUUUAAGCUACAACAAACGUUUUUCGGAAUUGAUGCUGCAUAAUUGAACGCAUUGGUUCAGGAAAAUUUGCUUAGAGACCAUAGAUUGCUUUUAUAAAAUUCAUAAUAAUUUAAAAGCGAAAGUAA